GAGCUCUGCGCGCGCUCACGGACUCGCUCUCAGCCACACACACUCACACAGACACACACACUCUUCCCCCCAAACAAAGAGAAGCACGCGAGGCAGCGCAGCAUCAUCUCACCCUUUCAGCCGCGAGAGCACGCACACUCUCAGAUCCCCCCCCCUUCCCCCCCACAGAACCGGUCCGGUCCCAGGCUCGCGCGCACAGAUCCAACCAUGAGCACCAACGGCGCCAGUAACGGAACCAGCGACAUGCUGCAGAUCCAGUUCGGGCUCAUCAACUGCGGGAACAAGUACCUGACGGCGGAGACGUUCGGCUUCAAGAUCAACGCGUCCGCCUCGAGCAUGAAGAAGAAGCAGAUCUGGACCCUGGAGCAAAGCGGCGACGAGUCCAACGGCAACGUGUUCGUGCUCAAGUCCCAUCUGGGCCGGUACAUCGCCGCCGACAAGGACGGGAACGUCACCGGGGACAGCGAGAGCCCGGGCCCGGAGUGCCGCUUCGUCAUCACCGCGCACGAUGACGGCCGCUGGUCGCUGCAGUCCGAGCCGCACGGCCGCUACCUGGGCGGCACCGAGGACCGGAUCAUCUGCUUCGCGCAGACCGCGUCCGUGGCGGAGAAGUGGAGCGUGCACAUCGCCAUGCACCCGCAGGUGAACAUCUUCAGCAUGACGCGCAAGCGGUACGCGCACCUGAGCUCCAAGGUGGACGAGAUCGCCAUCGACCGGGACGUGCCGUGGGGGGUGGACUCCAUGAUCACGCUGGUGUUCCGGGAGCAGCGGUACCACCUGCAGACCUCCGACAACCGCUUCCUGAGCAACGACGGCGCGCUGCUCGCCACCACGGACCGGAGCACCGGCUACACGCUGGAGUUCCGCUCCGGUAAGGUGGCCUUCAGGGACUGUGGCGGCCGGUACCUCGCGCCCUCCGGACCCUCCGGCACCAUGAAGUCCGGCAAGAGCGCGCGCGUGGGCAAGGACGAGCUGUUCGUGCUGGAGCAGAGUCACCCACAGGUGGUGCUGACCGCGGCCAACGAGAGGAACGUCUCCACCCGGCAAGGUAUGGACCUGUCAGCCAAUCAGGACGAGGAAGGCGACCAGGAGGUUUUCCAGGUGGAGAUUUGCCGCGAAAACCGGAAGUGUGCGUUCCGGACUGCUGCUGGGAAAUACUGGACCCUCACUGCUAAUGGCGGCCUGCAGUGCACCGCCUCCACCAAGUCGGCUAAUUGCUACUUUGACAUCGAGUGGCGUGGGAAGAGGCUGACUCUCCGGGCCGCCAACGGGAAGUAUGUCGCCGCCAAGAAGAACGGCCAGCUCGCCGCCACCAUCGACUCGGCAGGCGAGAGCGAGGAGUUCCUCAUGAAGCUCAUCAACCGCCCGAUCAUCGUGCUGCGCGGCGAGCACGGCUUCAUCGGCUGCAGGAAGGUGACGGGGACGCUGGACUCCAACCGCUCCACCUACGACUACUUCACCCUGGAGUUCAGAGACGGCGCCUACAGUCUGCAAGACUCCACGGGCAAAUACUGGAUGAUCGGGAACGAGCAGUCGGUGGUGAGCAGCAGCGACACGCCCGUCGACUUCCUGUUCGAGUUCUGCGACUACAACAAGCUGGCCGUGCGCCACGCCCCCGACGGCAAGUACCUGCGCGGCGACCACGCCGGGGUCCUGAAGGCCAACGCCGACAGCCUGGAGACCGCCACGCUCUGGGAGUACUGAGGGAAACCAGCAGCGGCCGCCCACUGCUGCGAUGCUGAUGAAUGAAAGAAGAAGUGUGGCGACCCAGCACGACAGCACGACCUGUCUAUACAUCUAUCCACCCCCCCACCCCCCCACCCCCCCUCUCAUCCCCUCCAUCAGAUCCUUUACGUUUGACUUUAUGUUGAUAAACUGCACAGGGAGAACAGGAAGGAUAGAAGACGAGAAGGAGAAGGAGACGCCUCUCUCUCUCUCUCUCUCUCUCUCUCUCUCUCUCUCUCUCUCUCUCUCUCCUUCCUUUCUUUCCCAGCUCCGCUCUGCAGUGCCGACCUUUAUCUGUUGCCAUAGUUACCGAGGGGCUGUGCACUUUUGUUCUGCUCCGAUCUGAUUCGCUGCUCGACCCGCCACUCACUCACUCCCUCCCUCCCUCCCUCCCGCCCUCCUUUGCCUUACGAUUGGGCCGUCCCUCCCCAGAGCAGAGCUGAGCCACGUUUAAAGAGCCCCCCCCCCCCCUUCUCCUCUUUCUACCUGUUAUCGGUGUGGGCAGCAUGGUGGCAGUAUUUAUGGUGUCCGACCCGGUCUGGUCCGGCAGAGCCACUUCCACCUGAUCCAAUCCCCCAGAGCAGCUUCAUCCACACGACUGCGUUUGAGUUUAGAAAUGCUUUUACUUUGAAAACUCCAGAGCUGCAUUUUAGUCUGAAAAGGCAGAAACAGAGUUUGGAGAAAAGAUGUAGUCGUGUGUAAAGAAGGAGGAAGUGGUUCUGAGUUCUGAUUGGUUCAUGUGGAAUCGGAAUCCUUCUGCUUCCCCCAGACCGAGUCCGAGUAUGUUUUUGUUUUCAUGAGCGGGCCUCGUGGCCUCCGUGUGAUAUAACUGGAAUGGAUCUGAUAACCUUAUGGAUCACGAUGUAACCGAAGGGUUUGAAGCCCUCCUCAUCUCAAGUGUAUGAUAUUGAAAUGUAAACCAGUGUCCCGAGGCGUCCUCCUGCUCCGUGGUGGGCGGAGGCGUCUCGUUUCCUGAACCAAACAGGAAGUAGGAAGUUAAAACACGUAUCCUCCCUUUUCCCCUCCCCCCCCCCCCCCACACCCACACCCCUACAAGCCAAACCCAUUGUCCCCGAGAACUGUAUAAAAGAAAUUUUAAAAAAAUAAAUAAAAAUGGUGCGGCCACGUAUGUUCACUGCACUCACAAGGUGGGAAACACAGUUGGAUAGAUUUCUAAAUUUUUUUGUUUCCAUGUCCAAGGCACAGACAUUAUCAUUAUCACGGGAGGGAAAUGAUUUAUAGAUCCUUUUGAAAGCUGCUCUUUGAAUCCCUCAACUGAUCCUGAAGCUCAGCCUUCAUCCACACCAAACCUCUCCUGAUAACUGGAUCAACAAGCCGUCAUCUCACUCACAGAUAACUGGAACCUGUUGUGAUCUCACAUCCCCCCCCCCACACACACACCUGAGAGCCUUGCCAUUAAAACCAAAAAGGCUGCGAGAGCCUGUAACACAUAAACAAACCUAAACCCUUUUUCUCUUUGUUUUUAAUAUCUGUCCGAGCUCCGAGGGGCGGUGUCACGACUUCUACUUGUGUUGGAUGUUUUAUGUUCCUGACCCGUCGGUCGGUGCAGGUGGAGAAGGGAAGUUCUGCAGCCGUGUAGCACAUUGCACCCGUGGGUCCUGCCCUCCAGGAUUCUCAACCCCUUUGUCGGCCUGUUUUUCUCCGUAAUGCGUAAAGCAGCCGUGGGUUUUCUCUUGAUUUGUCUCUUUUACAGCACAGUGGAGUUUACCUUGGCUCAGAGCUGCUGGGCUCUUCAGUCAUGAAUGCAUUCCUCUGAUGUGGAAAGUCAGUGCAGGAGCGUGAAACGUUAUCGUAGCCGACGCGGAACCAAGUCCAUCCCGAGUUCUUUCUGAAGUUUUGACCGCUCACUGCAAGGAAGGAUGGAGAAUCUACCGACUGGUUAUCCUCGGAGAAACCAGCUUCUCCAGGGUAACUGGGACCAGUGCUUAGACUAACGGAUGUGGGAGGGUAAACAUGUGGUAAUGACUGUGCCUUACUCUUGAGUUUCUGGGCAGUAGUUUGAAAAAAAAAAAAAAAAAAAAAGAUGGAAAGAAAAAGAAUCCACGUCUUUGCUUUGUGUAACUGGAAAAGUCCUUUUGUAUUAUUGUUUUGUAUGUUUUUUGUUUUUUCAAUAUUGUGGAUUAAUCUCUCUUGUGCCAUUGGUUCACCUGAAAUCCAACGACCAAUAAAACUGGGAUUUGGAAGCUA